AGCCGGACUUUAGCUAGCAUUAGCUAAAUGAAAACUGCUGUUAUUAAUCAUCUUUUAAAAUUGAAAUACUAAACUAUUCGACAUUUGUAGAUUAGAUGAGAGCAGCAGGUUUUUAAAUCCACUAUUUUGAAGUGUCUUUUGCAGCGUGGAUCCUCUACUCUGAUCUUUACGGUAGCUGCUGACAGAUUGUCGCUGCGCUUCUUCCACCGUCAGUACGGUAAGUGAACGCCGCAGUGUUUAUUCCUGAGCUCUGCUGCAGCGCUGCUCCUCUCUCUGCCCGGACUCAUUUCACCUGAUAAUCUGCUGUGUCCUUCUCUCCAGGUACGGCUCUUAGAGCUCCAUCACAGCGACGUUAUCUCGUUAGCAGUUUAUUUUAAAGUCUUAGAAUAAAUCAUUGAAUGUGCGCGUCGCAGUGUGAGAAAUUAGUGCUGCGUGAAAGUAAACUCUGUAAUCUGAUUUGACUGCAGAGAUCAGCUGAGUGUUCAACUUUAAACCUGCGCAUCUCAAUAUUGUUGCUGGAUAUUCUGCAUUUUUUUGCUGCAGUUUUUCCCUUACAGAAUCCUUCAGACCUCAGAUCUCAGCUCCUCUGUCUAAAGGUGCUCACAGUUUGAAAUCAGGAGGAGGACUUGAGGUCGGGGGGCUGCUGGGCCUGAUUCCGGAUCGGGGACAUAAUCCGGGUUUUUACAAAGAAUUACGUGCAGAGUUGAACACUUAGAAGUCUGGGUUCAUGCCGGAUUUGGAGCACUUCAGAUUUUCCUACUCGAGCAUGAAUCCGGUCCUGGGGGAGAGCGGGUUUUUGGCACCGCAGCAGCAGCACCAGAUGACGGGCCAGACCGACUCCGCCAUCCCGGAGCCGGGCUACUUCCUGGGGGACCACGGCGGGUUUGGCCCUGAUGGGUGGUCCGGGCUGGACCUGGGGGCCCUGCCGCCUUCAGGCCUCGCCUAUUUGCACCUGAACGCCCCCCUGCACCGCGUGCCCCCUGCAGCCACGGCGCUGCGUAACGACCUGGGAUCGAACAUCAGCGUCCUGAAGACCCUGAACCUCCGCUUCCGGUGCUUUUUGGCCAAAGUGCACGAGCUGGAGCGCAGGAACAAGGUGCUGGAGAAACAGCUGCAGCAGGCUGUGGAGGAGAACGGAGGGGAGGGACACAAGAAGCCGCAGACCAAAGACAUGGGGGUCCAGACUGGAUUUAUUGGGUCUAUCCCGCCCAGGCCUGGCCUCCUCCCCCUCCACAACGCCAACAACCCGGCCUACAUGCCCGGGGGAAUCCUCUCCCCCACCCUGAACCCCCCUCCUCUCUUUGACAACAAAUACCUGAACCCCUACACAGACUCCAACUCCAACCUCACCCCCUCCGGGUUCUCCAUCAGCCCGGCGCUGAGUCCCUUAGACCCCAACCCGAGCAUCACCAACAUCAACGAGAAGUACUCAAACACCGGGACCAACACCCCCCUUCCUCCCCCCCCACGCUUCCUCCCCGGGACCAUCUGGUCCUUCAACCACACCCGCAGGUUCGGCAGCGGGAGGGAGUCGUGCGUCACGGGGCCAGGGGUCUCCUGGACUCACCCGGACGGGGUCGGGGUCCAGAUCGACACCAUCACACCUGAGAUCAGAGCUCUGUACAACGUGCUGGCCAAAGUGAAGAGAGAGAGGGACGAGUACAAGAGAAGAUGGGAGGAGGAGUACACAGACAGAGUGGACCUGCAGGAGAAGGUGGCCGAGCUGGAGGAGGACCUGCAGGAGAGCGAGGUGUGUCAGGACGAGCUCGCUCUGAGGGUGAAGCAGCUGAAGGCCGAACUUGUUCUUUUUAAAGGACUCGUCAGCAACAACUUGUCAGAUCUGGACAGUAAGAUCCAGGAGAAGGCCAUGAAGGUGGACAUGGACAUCUGCCGCCGCAUCGACAUCACGGCCCGCCUGUGUGACGUCGCCCAGCAGAGGAACUGUGAGGACAUGAUCACCAUGUUCCAGGUGGCCACGCCCCCCUCCACCAUGAGCGGACGGGCCAGAAAACAGAGCGGGCAGUCGGCGAAGGGGGAUGGAGACGAACUGAGCAUGUCUGAGAACGAAGGGGGCGGGGCUAGAGACGAGGAGUCCUGCAGCACUUCGGCCAAUCAGAUCAACGAGCAGAUGCAGAGGAUGCUGAAUCAGCUGAGGGAGUGUGAGUUCGAGGACGACUGCGACAGUCUGGCCUGGGAGGAAACAGAAGAAACUCUGCUGCUGUGGGAAGAUUUUCCAGGAUACCCACUGGGAGUGGAGACACAGGGAGAGCUGCAGCAGCAGGAGGAGUCCAUCGAGGAGGUGAUCAAAGACACAGAGUGUCUGUUCCAAUCCAGAGAGAAGGAAUAUCAGGAGACCAUCGACCAGAUCGAGCUCGAGUUGGCGACAGCAAAGAGCGACAUGAACCGUCACCUGCACGAGUACAUGGAGAUGUGUUCGAUGAAGAGAGGACUCGACGUCCAGAUGGAAACCUGCAGGAGACUGAUCACACAGAGCGGAGACAGGAAGUCACCGUCUCUCAUCACUCUGACCGCCGACGACUCCGACAGCGAGGAGAAGGAGCGGAGAAAACCGGCGCUGCCCUCCGACUCCGAGAGCAGAGAUUCUUACUGCGGAGCCAACGCCGCCAUCCCGCCGCUCGCCUGGAGGAAACCCUAACACACACUGAUACACACACACACACACACACACACACACACACACACACACACACACUGAUACACACACACACACACAGACACACACACACACUGAUACACACACACACUGAUACACACACACACACACACACACACUGAUACACACACACACACACACACACACACACUGAUACACACACACACACUGAUACACAUACACACUGAUACACACACACUGAUACACACACACACUGAUACAUACACACACACACUGAUACAUACACACACUGAUACACAUACACACUGAUACACACACACACUGAUACACACACACACUGAUACACACACACACUGAUACACAUACACACUGAUACACACACACACUGA